AUGAAAAAGCAGGGCGUUACACAUUUAUCAGGUCAACAUAACGUCGUAUAUGGCGCAGAUGAUGAUAUUGAUAAUGUUCUCAACAAACAAUAUGUUUCUUCGUCUAAGUUUUUAGCCUGGAUGAGCCGUAAUCAAAAUGAUGAAAAAGCACGAAAACUUAGUUAUGUUGAAUUCCCUACUAAAUAUGUUUGGAAACUAAAGGAUCGUUGUUGGGAACCACGAAAAAUAGGUCGUUUAAUUGGUCAAAUUCAUUCAGUUUCCCCAGCUCUUGGUGAGGCUUAUUUUUUGAGGAUUCUUCUGAACAAAGUGAAAGGACCAAAAUGUUUUGAAGAUAUUAGAACGGUAAAUGGGCAAACACUUCCUACAUUUAGAGAUGCAUACUUUGCGCUUGGGCUUCUAGACGAUGAUCUGGAAUAUAUCGAGUUGUCUAAUACUCUAUCUAGACCAGAUUUCGUUUGGGAAAAAACAUGGGAGUUUUUAUCUGAUGGAAUUCUUCGCGCACGCCAAAAAAGGAACAUAUGUCAGAUGAACAAAGAUGUGUUUUUGAUGAAAUUAUCAAAGUUGUCAAUGGUAACAAAGGAGGUGUUUUCUUUGUCUAUGGAUACGGUGGAACGGGUUAAAGAUUUUUAUGGAAGACAUUAUCAGUUGCAUUACGAUCUAAAGGAAACAAAAUUGAUUAUAUGGGAUGAAGCACCGAUGGUACAUAAACAUGCCUUUGAAGCUCUUGAUAGAACACUAGAAGACAUUUUCAAUUGUGAUACUUCAAAAAAUUCUGAAACACCGUUUGGAGGUAAAGUUAUUGUAUUUGUCGGUGAUUUUAGACAACUCCUUCCUGUUGUUCCGAAUGGAAGUAGACAACAAAUUGUGAAUGCCUCUUUAAGUUCUUCCUAUUUGUGGAGUAAAUGUGAAAUCUUAAGGUUAACCAAGAACAUGAGGCUAACGAUUGGAGCAAACACAUAUGAUAUGUAA